AUUACGGCGGUGUCUUUGGUGUCUUUCUAGCCUUUACAGAAGGUUUUCUAUCCAGCCUGGAAGUUGUGCCUCUUUUCGGAGUUGUUCAGCAAUAACUCCAAACUUUUACAUCCAAGAUUUAUCCACUUGAUGUCCAUAAUUUAUCAAUUUUCCGUCAUUUUUGCCGCUAGCUCGAUGCUAGCUGCCAUUUUGAAUAUCCCAUGAUGCUUUGCGAGUUUGUUCAUGGUUUAUCAACCAAUGACAGGCUGGUCCAUCAUCCACGUUGGUGUGCGUCAUUACACAUGAACCACAGCUCUGAUAUAGUGGAGAGAGAGAGAGACCCAGGGCUUGGUAGUUUUGAGAAGACACAGAGAAACACGGAGAAAAAUGGAUCGUCGGAGAAAUAUGGAUGUAAAUGCAGCACUGGCCUUUUUUGAUGCCAUGCAGGAUGAUGGAUAUUCGGGAGAAGAGAGCUUUUUGACAGAUGAGGAACUAGAUUACCAGGAUGGUCUAGACCCCGCUGAAGAUGGUGAUAAUGAAGAAGACACCACCCCACCCACCCAAGCAAGACAAGAAAGCUCCCAUUCUUCCGAUGAGGAGGGCCCUUCUACUUCUGCUGCAGCACCACAGCCUUCUACCUCUGCUGCACCACCACAGCCUUCCACUUCUGCUGCAGCAUCCCAGCAGCUGCUAGGAAUAGGUCAUGGACGGAUGCAGUCAAGGUCACGAGGGAGAGCGCGGUCAAGGUCAAGAUCCAGAUCCAGAUCCAGAUCCGGCAGCUUGAGGGGUCGACAGAGACACAGUCCUGAAUCCACUAGAUCGAGAUCUAGAUCACCACAACCAGCAGCCCCAACUCUAUCAUUGAACACUGAGAGUCAGCCGCCCAUCUCCGUGCUUAGCCGGCCGGCUGGCUGGCGGCAGCAAUCUGAAAUGGAAUGA